AUGCUUGUGGGCCAGGCCUCUUUGGGAAGGGUGCGCAACGACUGCUUUCGGCGAACGAAUGAGAGGCGGGAGGAGUGGAAGGCGCGAUGGCGACAGAGUGAGGACAAGCAGUGUGAACGGGAUGCCAUUUCAUCCGAGUUGAGGUGCAUGGUGAAGGAGGAACUAAGCCAGGAGAACAAUGUGAUGCUCCAAGACCCAAUCCCGGACACACCACUGUCGACGGGGCCCUUGGACGGGUCUGAGCAGGAGGUGGAAUAUGAACGGGCACUCCAGCAAUUUGAGAACGAACUGGUGGCAAAUCUGUGGCAUCAUCUCAUGGAGCAAGAACAGGAGGAAGACGAUCGAGUAUCCGGCGAGGAAUAUCUGGAUGCAAUGGCCAAUGAAGAAGCAUCAACAGGGUCUGCUCACCAGGCCCGUGUGUUGUGCCCCGUCUGCCGCCAAAGCUACCUGCAGAAGCACGGGGGAUUCAUCUUCUGUCCCAAAGAGCAGUUCGCCCUGGACCUUCAAGCUGAGGGCACCAGUCUGGAGGAGCUGAGACAACGGCUGGAGGGGGCGUACACGGUGAGAUUCUUGUCAUCUUUGCUGUCUGUUGUGUUUUCCUUGUGCUACACUACCAAUAUAUUCUUGGUCUGA